CACGGAGAGAGAGAGAGAGAGAUUUGGCCACUUUUUUCUCUUCCUCUUCACGCUUUCUCUCUCGCAUGAAAACUUUCCAUAAGUUGCAUGCAAACUCACACCCCUAUUGAAACUCUCUCACUUCCCAUUUCAGUCUCUGACUGGUCAAGCUUUUCCCCUUGUUUUUCAAUUGCCCCCCAAUUAAGAAUCUUCCUCUCAGUCUCUCCCCCAUCGCAAUUUCAGAAUCCCCCUAUCUCUCAAAAAACCUCCGAAAGUUCGAAGCUUUUUCUCUCUCAAGACUCCAGAGUCGGAAUCUCAUCCCUGUUGAGGCGGGAGAAUGGAGGGUUUUCGGUGCUUCCCGGAAACGAAGUCGCUUUGGGCUCCGAAAUUUUCGUCGCCAGAAUGUGUGCCCGGAAGCUCAUCGUCGCAGAACCACAUUGGGGGAGAAUCCCAUUCUGAUCAAACCCUGGAGGCUGCCUUUUCUCGCCUAAAUGUGUCAGCUUUCAGCCGCCAGCAGCCGCGUAUUUCUGGCAUUGACGGCGGAGAUCACAGUAAUGGAUCGGCGCUGAACUACCCAUCAAGCGAACACGGAUAUAGCGGCGGAAAUUCGUUGCCUUUUGGAGGCGGAGAGUCGUUACAGAGUGCUCUGAGCUUGCAGAGCGGCGGGGAUCGGGUUUUUGGGAACCUUGGUCUUGAAAAUUGCUGGGUGGACUCUGAUAUUACUAAUGGCUCGAAUGGCUUUGUUCCCAAUCAAGAGUGCUGGGUGCAUUCUGACAUUGCUGGGUUUAGUGAAACACUGGAUCGGUUGUCGUUGGCUGAUUUGCGCGGAAAAAUUGCUGCUUUGGCCAAGGAGCAGCACGGCUGUCGUUUUCUGCAGAAAACAAUGGAUGUUGCACCGAACAGGGAUGUGAUUGAUUUGAUAUUCUUGGAGGUUAUGGAAAAUGUGGUCGUUUUGAUGCUUGACCCUCACGGGAACUAUGUCGUCCAGAAGCUUGUGGAGGUCUGCACUGAAGAGCAGAGGACCCGUAUGCUUUCGAAGUUGAUAAUGGAGAGUCAUACGUCACUGGUUUGUAUUGCCCUGGACAAUCGCGGGACUCGCACUGUACAGAAAUUAUUGCGGUAUGUUACUAACCAAGAGCAAGUGUCGCUGAUUAUGGGAGCUCUGAGCCCUGGUGCCGCUGUGUUGAGUAAGAACAACAACGGCCAACAUGUGAUCGAAUAUUGCUUAGAGAAUUUUUCUGAGGAAGACAACAGGGGCCUUCUAUGUGUGGUGGCUAUUAACUGUUCUACGAUUGGGAAGGACAAAAGUGGCUGUUGUGUGCUACAAAAGUGCGUUGAGCACUCUAGUGGUGAAAAUAGAGAACGCCUGGUUAAUGCUGUCAUAGGGAAAGCAACAGUACUUGCAGUAGAUCGCUACGGAAACUACGUGGUGCAACAUUUACUGGGUUUGAGGAUCCCGCGAAUCACACAAAAUCUUUUGAGACAACUUCAUGGCAGUUAUAUUUCUGUAUCGUUGAAUAAGUACGGUAGUUGCGUUGUGGAGAAAUGCUUGUCUGAGUCAAGCGAAGAACAAUCUUCACAGAUUAUAUUUGAGCUGGUUACCCACCCAAAUGUGUCAAUGCUUCUUGUUCACCAGUAUGGGAACUAUGUCAUCCAGACAGCACUCGAGGUUUCUAAGGGUAUCUACCAUGAAGCUCUACUAAAUCUGGUUGGUUUAUACUCCGACUUCUUGCGUGGGAAUUCUUAUGGAAGAAAGGUACUGGCUCGGCGUGACAGGUGCCUGCGGCAUAAAUAGACAAGCAAGGUUUCUUCCGCCUACAUUUCAAGGUCACAUUUGUCGGUAGGGCUGCAAGGGUUCGUUAAUUGGAACAGUGGAAAAUAUGCGUGUGGAUAUCAGCAGCCGGGUAGGAGCUAACUUUAGUUUUUGUAACAUCGAAAUCCUGUCCAGAGGGGAUCAUAGAGCGAUGUAGAGUUGAGUGAUCCUCCAACGGUUUUGUGUUGGGGGAAUAGGUUUUUGUAUUGUGAUCGCUCCCACAGUUGAUUGUUGUACUCUGUCAUGUCAACUGGGAAGGCAAUAGCUAUGAAGAAAUUAUUCUGAAUUAACUCUGCAGUAAUUUUCUUUUCUUUUAUCCAUGUAAAACAGUAAAAGUGGAAACAAUGUAAUAGUAUGUGUUCUUACUGCUAAAAGUUUCAGUUUCAGAUGCUAUUUAUACUUACGUA